AGGCGUCGGGGCCCGCGGCUGGGUGGCGGGCAGUUCCCGCCAGCUGUGCGCGCCCGCGUCUGGGCUCGCUCGGAGAGGACGCUGCGGCGGCGGUGGCUCCCGGAGCACAGCGGGCAGAGCUGCGGGCUGCGCGCGCCCCUGCUCCCGCCGCGCGUCCCGCCGUGGCUCCCGCGCCCUGCGGCGGCUCCCGCGCCCCGCGCUCCCCUUUGUCCGCGGCCCGGAGCGGCGGCGGCGGCGGGGUCGGAGCCCGCGCCCUGGGCGACUGAGGCGGCCGUAGUCCGCGCCCGCGCGCCGCGGCGAUGCCGGACCAGAUCUCCGUGUCGGAAUUCGUGACCGAGACCCAUGAGGACUACAAGGCGCCCACGGCCUCCAGCUUCACCACGCGUACGGCCCAGUGCCGGAACACCGUGGCGGCCAUCGAGGAGGCUUUGGACGUGGACCGGAUGGUUCUCUACAAAAUGAAGAAAUCUGUGAAGGCAAUCAAUGUGUCCGGUCUGGCACACGUUGAAAAUGAGGAGCAGUACACCCAGGCCCUGGAGAAGUUCGGCGGCAACUGCGUCUGCAGAGAUGACCCGGACCUAGGAAGUGCGUUUCUGAAGUUCUCCGUGUUCACCAAGGAGCUGACAGCACUCUUCAAAAACCUGAUUCAGAAUAUGAACAACAUCAUCUCCUUCCCUUUGGACAGCCUGCUGAAAGGAGACUUGAAAGGAGUCAAAGGGGAUCUGAAAAAGCCCUUUGAUAAAGCUUGGAAGGACUAUGAAACCAAAAUAACAAAAAUAGAAAAGGAGAAGAAGGAGCACGCCAAGCUGCACGGGAUGAUCCGUACUGAGAUAAGCGGGGCUGAAAUCGCAGAGGAAAUGGAGAAGGAAAGGCGAUUCUUCCAACUGCAGAUGUGUGAGUAUCUGCUGAAGGUCAAUGAAAUCAAGGUUAAAAAGGGAGUGGAUUUGCUUCAGAAUUUGAUCAAGUACUUCCACGCCCAGUGCAACUUUUUCCAGGAUGGGCUAAAAGCGGUAGAGAGCCUCAAGCCUUCCAUUGAAACGCUUUCUACAGAUCUCCACACAAUCAAACAGGCCCAAGAUGAGGAGCGACGGCAGCUGAUACAGCUUCGGGAUAUUUUGAAAUCAGCAUUGCAGGUUGAACAGAAAGAGGACUCACAACUUCGCCAAAGUACAGCGUACAGCUUACAUCAGCCUCAGGGGAACAAGGAACACGGGACGGAGCGGAAUGGGAACCUGUAUAAGAAGAGUGAUGGGAUCAGGAAGGUGUGGCAAAAGAGGAAGUGUUCCGUUAAAAAUGGCUUCCUGACCAUAUCCCACGGCACCGCCAACAGGCCACCUGCCAAACUCAACCUGUUAACCUGCCAGGUGAAAACCAACCCGGAGGAGAAGAAAUGUUUCGACCUCAUCUCACAUGACAGGACGUACCACUUCCAAGCAGAAGACGAACAGGAAUGUCAGAUAUGGAUGUCUGUACUGCAGAAUAGCAAGGAAGAAGCUCUGAAUAAUGCGUUUAAGGGCGACGACAACACUGGAGAAAAUAACAUUGUCCAAGAGUUGACCAAAGAGAUCAUCUCAGAGGUGCAGAGGAUGACGGGCAACGAUGUGUGCUGUGACUGUGGGGCACCAGAUCCGACGUGGCUCUCCACCAACCUGGGCAUCCUGACUUGCAUCGAGUGCUCGGGAAUCCACCGUGAGCUGGGGGUCCAUUAUUCCAGGAUGCAGUCCUUGACCUUAGAUGUAUUAGGAACGUCUGAGCUUCUGCUUGCCAAGAAUAUUGGGAAUGCGGGCUUUAAUGAGAUCAUGGAGUGUUGCCUACCAUCUGAGGACUCUGUCAAACCCAACCCAGGCAGCGACAUGAUUGCAAGGAAGGACUACAUCACAGCCAAGUACAUCGAGAGGAGAUAUGCAAGGAAAAAGCACGCAGACACUUCGGCGAAGCUCCACAGCCUUUGUGAGGCCGUCAAGACCAGAGACAUUUUUGGCUUACUCCAAGCUUAUGCUGAUGGUGUGGACCUGACAGAAAAAAUCCCACUGGCCAAUGGGCAUGAGCCAGAUGAGACAGCCCUCCAUCUUGCAGUCAGAUCUGUGGACCGGACUUCCCUUCACAUCGUGGACUUCCUGGUCCAGAACAGUGGGAACCUGGAUAAACAGACGGGCAAGGGCAGCACGGCCCUGCACUACUGCUGCCUGACCGACAAUGCGGAGUGCCUCAAGCUCCUCCUGCGGGGGAAGGCCUCCAUCGAGAUAGCCAAUGAGUCGGGAGAGACGCCAUUGGACAUCGCCAAGCGGCUCAAGCAUGAACACUGUGAGGAGUUGCUGACUCAGGCCUUGUCAGGAAUUAACUCCCACGUUCACGUCGAAUAUGAAUGGCGACUGUUACAGGAGGACCUGGACGAAAGCGACGAUGACGUGGAUGAGAAACUUCAGCCCAGUCCUAACCGGCGCGAAGACCGCCCGGUCAGUUUCUACCAGCUGGGGUCCAGCCAGUUUCAGCCCAAUGCCGUGUCUUUGGCCAGAGAUACCACAAACCUCGCCAAGGACAAGCAGAGGGGCUUCGGGCCUAGCAUCUUGCAGAAUGAGACCUAUGGAGCCAUCCUGAGUGGCAGCCCGCCCUCCUCCCAGUCGUUACCCCCUAGCACCACCAGUGCACCCCCACUCCCACCUCGGAAUGUUGGUGGCAAAGAUCCCCUGACCACCACACCACCCCCUCCUGUGGCUAAGACUUCUGGCACACUAGAUGUUGUGAGCCAGCCAAGCAAGCCCACCCAACCCGGAGCCUCGCAGAGCAAGCUGCCACCUCAGCCGCCCAGCCGCCCACCUCAGAAGAAGCCAUCUUCCGGGACCGACAAGCCAACCCCACUGAUCAACAAAGGCCAGCCAAGAGGACCUGAAGCUCCAGGUCCACUGUCCAACGCCAUGGCCCUGCAGCCUCCAGCACCCAUGCCCAGGAAGUCGCAGGCGACCAAGUCCAAGCCCAAGCGAGUCAAAGCACUCUACAACUGCAUGGCUGACAACCCAGAUGAGCUGACUUUCUCUGAGGGGGACGUGAUCAUUGUGGACGGGGAAGAAGAUCAGGAGUGGUGGAUUGGCCACAUCGACGGAGAUCCCAGCCGCAAAGGAGCAUUCCCCGUAUCGUUUGUGCACUUUAUUGCUGACUAACUUGCUACUGAACAAAGGCCUUUCCAUCACCAUUA